GGAAGAUGCUGCACAACGUGGAGAAAUGCGCGCGGCACCUAGUGGUUAGUGAAAGAUCCAACUUCAGGCACAGCAAAUCAAAACACCACCAGCACGUGCAAGCUCAUCACUAUAACUACAAGGUCUCAAUUUUAAUACCAGAAUGUGGAGUGAUACCACCAGGAGUCACUGCUGUCUGCAGAAAUUUAGGAGAGUAUUAUUUGGUAAAGCAGUUGCCACUCCAUCAAAUGCUUGAGCCUGAAUUCAUCAACACAUUUGUUAAGAAAGGCUCUCUUUAUGUGCUUUCGUACAACACCAGAAUAGAUCAAGACAACUGUAUUUCUAUACUGCCAACAGGGAAGCUAAUUUUAUCAGUUGACAAGGAUACUUAUGAGGAGCUUGGCCUGGAAGGACAACCAUCUAUGUAUUCACAUAAGGCAACAGUGAGAUACAAUAUUACUGUCUCCAUUCGUGAUGCUACGUUUGUUCCUGGGACAAAAAGAUAUAACCGUGUAAUGUGGGCGUUGAAAGAGAAAAAACCUUUAAGAUUUGACUUUUUGAUGAAGUGGCAUUCCUCAGGUGGACAAGAAACCAAUUUGGUGUCUUACUUCAAGGAAUAUGAAUGCAAGGUUUACAAUCCUAUGGUGUCAACAAGGAUAUUAGAAGACAUUGACAGCCCUGUUCUGCUGAGUAAGGAAUUGAAAGGGAAGGACAGUGAAUCCUGCAGCUCUCAAGAAUUCCUUGACUGGCUUGGUGCAAUCUUCAGUAAUAUUGGUUGCAAUAAUCAAGCAGACAACUUUCUCUCUACUUACUGCUGCCCUUGGCCCAGCACCGUACUGGAUAAAGCUUGCCUUUAUACUAUUUCGGGAUUUAUACUUCCAGAAGAGAUAAAUCAGAUAUUGGACCAGCUUAGACUCUAUUUUGAGGAACCCAAGUUGGCCCAGUGGGUUAGUAUGACAGUACACGGCUUUGCAGAUAGCCCGGUUUCCUGGGGAGAAAGUGAACAUGGAUACCUCAAAGGGGGAGAGAACCUCUACAGUUUUGUUCUCUUCAGUAACCAAGAUUACUGGCUGCACAUGGCUGUGGGGGCACACAGUGCAUGUCCACCAUAGAGUAAUAAUGUGCUUAUACAGAAGAACUUCAGCACCUGUCAUUUGUGAGUUCGGAAAUGAUUUGCUAUAAUUGAUUAUUAAACCCUCUUUACACCAUGAUGUGGAGGUGCCAGUGUUGGACUGGGGUGGUCAAAAUCAGAAGUCACAACAGAUUUAUUUGUAAUCACAAGCUUUCAGAGUGCUGCUGCUUUGUCAUGUGAAGUGACGAAUGGGCUGCACUCCAGAAGCUUGUGAUUUCAAAUAAACCUGUUGGACUAUAACCUCAUCUUGUGUGACUUCUGACUUUAUGCGAUGGAUUCGGAAACACAUUCAGCUGAAAGGAAAAAAAAAACUCAGGUUAUUUCAAAAUUUUUAGAAUGUUUAUAAUAAUAUGCAUCAUUGAGAUCGUCAUGUACAAAUUGAAGUAUUUUCAAGUUUUUUGUUCUUCCCACUCAUGCGUGCACUAUUUCAUGAAUCAGCAGGCAUCUAGAAUUUGCAUAUGUGAAUCUUGGAGGCCACCACCACCAUGUUGAUGUGCUUGAGCUUGAUGCACACUCUUGAUAUAAAUAAGUAAAUUUUCUCUCCCUUUUAUUUGAGGAAAUUGUUGGCUUCAAGCAAAUUGAUUUCCCUGCAGAUGUUUCUUAUUAGAAGGUAAUGUUAUGUAGACAUUGGAGAAUGGAAUUAACAUUCUUUAGGGUUAGGUGCAACAUUUUAGCACCCUAACAUUAUUUCACAAGUUGCUAUAUCAGCACCUCAACAUCAACAUCUCAAUAUACAAUAUAUAAUAUUUAAUAAAAGGUUCUUUUAAAAAACAGCCACAGUGAGCGAGAUUGAUGAUUUAAUUGAGUAGGCUUUUAAUGUAGACGUGGAAUUUUCAUGGAGUGAGGCUGAAGUAGCUAAAUACUCUCUUACUAAUGGGAGAUCUAAGAGAAAUUUGGCAAAAGUCCAGAGUUGGUGGAUUGAAGGAUGCAGCAGAGGUCAUAAAGCUGGAGAAGUUUGCAGAAAUAAGAUGGGUUGAGGCCAUGUGCGAUUUCAGGAUGAGGUUUUAAGAUUAAAUGUGUGGUUAGAAGCCAGUGUAGGUCAGUAAACAUGGGGAUGAUUGCUGAGAGAGAAUGUUGGCGGCAGAAAUGCCAUUAAUCUUUAUGGAAAGAGAAAGGUAGAUGACUAACAGAGGAGUGUUGGUGAGAUUGAAUGUGAUGCCAGAGUGUUUGCAGAUUGGCUCGAUUUAAGUGACUGGGUGUGAUGAACAACAGAGCCAAUGGCAAGGAAAAAGAAGUCACAGUGGAAAAUAAAAGCUACUGCUUUGCACUUUUUGGAGAGUUACAAGGCAUCUGGUUGUGUUUGAGAAAGCAUUGGAGCCAAAUGUCUCUAAUGCACAGGUAAGAAUUGGACCCUGUGCCUGUGAAUGAUGCUAUUGGGGGAAGUAUGUAGAACGCGGGCAGCAUGUAGAACAUAUAAAGGAGAGGCCAGGAAUGACUCUUUAGGACACAUUAGAUUAUUAUAUGGGUGUUAGGAUGAGGACAGGGGGAAAUCUUUUGUGCAUAUGCUGCCUUCCCUUUGUAUAUUCCACUAUCUGUUCUAAUAAUGUGGGUUCUGUAAUUCCUGCCUACAGUGAGAUACUGGGUGUUCAUAAAGGAAUUAUACACAAAAGUCAAACACAGAAGCAUACAGAUUAGGGACAGGGGCUGACCAGUUGGUUCCUUAGGCCUGCCUGAUCAUGGCUUCAAUUCCACAUACCCCUAUUGCAAUCCCUCCACAAAAUGUUUUCACAGGUCUUCUGUGACACAGACUUUCCCCACAUUUAAAGCAGCUGGAAAAAUACAGAUGUAAAAGCUGGCUUGACCUUGGCAAUGGACUAACAUGUCAGAAGUUCUGAAAUAAACUCAAGGUGUACAUUGUUUCUGGAUGCUCAUGAUAUGGAGAUUUUUACCUAUCUACCACCUGUGAUGAUUUACACUGCAUCAUAGUCCUGUAUAUUAUCUACAUGCCACAUGAAUUUUCAAGUAUGUAAAUAUUACCACCCUUAUCAGGUGUACAUUUGCAAAAUUGAUAUUGCUUUUCAUUGUAAACUUACUACAUUUAGACUGAGGAACAGUGUCUAUAGAGGACGUGAAAUAUGCCAGCUGUGAUGUGUUGCAAUUACAGUCCUUGAUAACCAUCAAAAGAAAGUGCUCCUAAGCAACACCUAAUGCAUGUAUCAACAAUUCUUAAUUUGAAUACAGUUAGUGUAGGUGAGUGCUCCAAGAGGUAAUAGGUCACAAAUUCAAAUGCUAGAAGGAUUUGUUUUUUGCAGAUGCUUUAUAAGUUCUUAAACCCAUGUAGUUCCCCUUUAAAAAGCAACCAUGUACAAACUGAGAUUUUGGUAAUGAUUCGAUUGUUUAAUUUUAAAUGGAUAUUGUUCUUACUGUAAAAGUUACAUCAGUUUUGAUGUUCAGAUGCUAA